ACCACUACUGAAUGUAUCUCUAUGAGCUAUGAGCAUCUACCCACAGUGGUCGAAUACGAAGAAAAUGUAUGUUUAUGUUUGCACAGCUGGUACUGCAAGAAUAUGAAUAGAAGCCAGGCAAUAUAUUUAAUUAAGACAGAGGUAACUAUUCAACCACGAGGCACAUGAUAAUCAUGACAAGACAUGAGAAAUGUAUAUUCUGUGAAUUUGUGCUGGGGGAAAAAAUAUUGGGGGGUUAACAGAAAAACAGGCCAAAUAUAAUGAAAGUAGAAAUAUAAACCUAUUUUCAAAAGCAGAUUUCAACCAGGAAUUUGAGAGUGGCAGUAAAUGAGAUGAAAGCAGAGCAUACAAUUGAAGUGUCUUAACGUUGUGUCCGAAAUACCACUUUACGUCUCUAACUUAUAAAGAAGAGUCAGGAGGCUGGAUGUGUAGAUCAGUGUAUUGCUGUCUUCCCGUCCAGCAAUGGAGGUGGUUCAUAAAGCAUAUCGGUGUGUGUGUGCUGAGCAAGCUGUUAUAAGGGACCCUACUCCUCCUAUCAUUUAGUGUGUGUGGCAGUGGCGGCCCUGGCCAAUCAGAAUUAGUUUCACUCUAGGCUUCUGUUCUAACAUCAGUCAGUCUCGGUGAACGCUUCUGCUUCACACACUGAACUGCUCCAUGUUUACCAGAUAAAAAAAAACCUCUACAUUUAAUAAGUGUUUAGUUAGUUGGUGUAUGUAUUCGCGAGCUAAAUUGGAUCCACUUUGCGAGAAUAAUGGCAACUGUUAAAAAAGACGAUAGAUUGACACGCUCGCAGGGGUCCCUCUGUGUUGGUUUUGCUGGGAUUUUCAGCAAAACGGCAACUUCCCCUUUGGAGGUUGUAAAAAUUGUAAGCCAAGUAGGCACAUUUCAUAGUAAAAGAGGUUUUAUUCACAGCUUUUUACUAAUCUACCAGAAUGAAGGUCUACGUGCGUUUUGGAAGGGAAAUAUGGUUUCCUGUCUUCGACUGUUUCCUUACAGUGCAAUCCAUCUGGCAACUUAUAAGAAGAUUGUCCACCAACAUAUGGAUGGUUUGGGCCAUAUAUCACAGUGGCAAGCCAUGGUGGCUGGAGGCCUAGCAGGAAUAACUGCUGCCCUCACCACAUACCCUCUGGAGGUGGUAGAAACACGUCUCAUUGCCCAGAACUACAGGGAGUCGACCUACAGGGGUGUGCUGCACACCCUCUCUAGCAUCUACCACAACGAGGGGCUCCUGGCUCUCUAUAGGGGCUUCUCCCUCACUGUGAUUGGUGCAGCUCCAUUCUCUAUUGGCUGCUAUGCAGUUUACGUCAACCUGGAUAAGUUAUGGCAGGAGUCACACUUUCGCUUCUCUUCUCUGCAAAACUUCAUUAAUGGUUGCUUAGCAGCAGGAGUGGCCCAGACUCUGUCAUUCCCUUUUGAGACAGUGAAACGGAAAAUGCAGGCUCAGAGUUCUCACCUGCCGCAUUAUGGUGGGGUUGAUGUCCACUUCACUGGGAUGUUGGAUUGUUUCAGGCAGGUCAUCAAAACCAAGGGCAUUCUAACCUUGUGGAGUGGCCUCACAGCCAACAUGGUAAAGAUUGUUCCCUAUUUUGGCCUACUCUUUACCUGUUUUGAGAUGUGCAAACAGGUCUGCCUGUACCGCAACGGUUACAUUGUCUCCCCCCUGAGUUACAAGCUGAAACCAGGUGUGGACCAGAGUUUGGGCCCUUAUGAGUUGCAGGAGCACAGACGCUACCUCAAAAACACGAAGUUCCAGUCACAGAACUCUUCUAUAGGAAACCGUUGGUAAAGUUAAACUGGCCUAAAUCUUCGAGGACAAGUCUGCUGCUCAGUCAUCACCCAUAGACACUGUCUUGAAUUUUAAAAUGUAAAAGUGUUCUGGAGUUCUGAUGUUUUGAAUGAAGUUGUUGUUACUAGGUUGGUUUUACUGCCUAGCAUGGCAAAUACUUCUGGUGCAUCACCAGCAAUAUGUCUUGAAAUGUAUGUAGUGCUAUGUCUUGAUACCAUAGAAAUGUAUGUAGGGUUAUGUACUAUUUUCAAAAAGAAAUGCAGGCCGUCAAAGAUUUGCACACCCCGGAGGCAGAAAUUAUGUAUUAAUACCUCAGAAUGUAUGAAUGCUCUGCCAGUCACACAAAUGAGUCCAGCUACAACAAGAGUACAAUAAGGUUUUUAAGGACAAUUUUUGUGGACAUCGUACAUUUAAUAUAAUUGGCUAUUGGACUGAUCAAUAAUAUGUGGGGUCAAUACUUUUAAAAUCCAAAAAGUAUUUGGCCUCCAUUCCUGAAGGUGCCUUUCCAUAUUUAUGUUUUUCAUGUCAGUGUUCUUACUAAAAUAGAUAUUGUGGAUGCAUCUGAGGACAUGCUACCCAGAUAGCAAAUGUUGCUGUGUAAUGGAUCUGGCACUACAGGAGGUAGAGGAUUCAUUUAGUAAUCGGAAGGUUGCUAGUUCGAUUCCCCACUCCUUCUUACCAAGUGUGUAAGUGUCCUUGAGUAUGACAUUGAACCCAUUACUGCUUCUGAUGUAAAAAAUGCAGUUUCCUUGUACGUCGCUUUGGAUAAAAGCAUUUGCUAAAUGACUAAAUGUAAAAUGAUCUGACGUAAAUCUUGAAGAUCCACGCCAGAUCAAUAGUAGAUUCAUUACAGUCACUGUUGCUCAUUGAGUAAACUUCAAGGCCAUCAGAGCCCACCUCAAGAGCAAAACAAUUUACAAAAAUGACAUUGUGCCCUCACUGUUGCACUCCAUUAUGAAACUGAUGGUAUUUAAUGUUGGAGAUGUUUGAUAACUUUUAAAUGUGUGCAAGACCUUUUUUUUGUUAUAAUUGUUCAUAAUGCUUCACAUAAUAAGAAUUACUCACUCUAACUUAUUCAUACAAAUGUGUCCAUAUCAUUUAAUCUGCAUUCAAUCAGGGCAGUACAGCUGAUGAUUAAUGUAUCUGUAAUGAAGAGAUUAAAACAGGUUUUCAAGUUA